AUGUGGGAGAAAAUGCUCCUCAAAUAUCAACAGCUUUGGAAGCAAGUCAAGCUUAUUCGUCCUUUAGGAGCAAGCAAGAACAGCUACUCUCUCGACAGAAAUGAGAAUUCGAAAGUUGAGAUAUUAGAAGGUGCUAAAUCAAUCGGUGCAAGAGCUGCUACAAUAGCUUUGGCGGGAGCUACUGUCGGCAUUAGAAAUGUCUCCAGUUCUUUGAUCCGUUCCGUGGCGCGAAAUCCAUCCUUAGCUAAACAAUUAUUUUGA